AUGACUGUCAUCGAGUCGGUCAAGAGCGCCGUCGGCCUCGCGGACACAUCCGCCACCCGUCAGGAAAUGUCCGAGGCUCGUCUUCCUAUGCAAUACCGCGACUCAUGUGCACACCUUUUGAUCCCUCUGAACCGCUGCCGACAAGCUGAAUACUACCUUCCUUGGAAGUGCGAGGAUGAGCGCCAUUCCUACGAAAAGUGCCAGUAUGACGAGUUCAAGAAACGUGUGGCCAAGAUGGACGAGCUGCGGGCCGCUAAGGACGGUGCUCGUAGCAACUAA